UCGAAACUCGAAGCGACGGCUUAAAUGGAAAACUGAAAUUCGAAACUCGAAGCUCUACGUCAAUGGAGGCGACGGGUGCCGACAUAUCCAGGCGUCAAAAUGUCGAGAUUUUCAAUCUCUUCGUGAGGCUGUUAGAUGGGAAAACCCUAGCUUUGAAAUUUAAUUCCCCUUCUGUAUACGGCCAUGCCCUCAAGCACAGUCUCUACCAGAGCACUGGAAUUCCCCCAAAUCACCAGCGUCUUGUCACCGGAGUCCGUCCGAUCGAGGAUGAUUCGGUUGUAUCAUGUUCCGGUGAGCCUUCGGGAAAAUUUCCGACUAUUCAUCUUCUGCUUCGACUCGUGGGAGGCAAGGGAGGGUUCGGAUCGUUGCUGCGUGGGGCGGCGACGAAAGCAGGGCAGAAGAAGACAAAUAAUUUCGAUGCGUGUAGGGAUAUGAGAGGGAGAAGGUUGAGGCAUGUGAAUGCUGAGAAGCGAUUGGAGGAGUGGAAGGCGGAGGAGGAGGAGAGGAGGUUGGAGACGGUGGCUGAGGAGUUUCUGAAGAAGAAAGGGAAGGUCGGGAAGAAGGGGGUGGGUGAUUCCGCGGCGCAAAAGUACGUAGAGAAGUAUCGGGAGGAAUCUGCUCGUUGUGUGGCUGAGGUUGUGGAAUCCGUGAGAGAUGCGGUGAUGAAGGGCAAAAGGAAGGGUGGUUUGAUGGCCAAUGGUGGGGAUGCCAAAAAGCUGAAGAUCUGGAUGGGGAAGAGGAAAAUGGGUGAAAGUGACAGUGAUGAUUCGGACGAGGAUGACACUGAAAAUGAAGGGGAAAGCGAGAAAUCUGUCGUCUUGAACGUUGGUUGUCAAUCCGAUUUAAAUAAGGACACUGAAGGGAGCUCAGACUCUGUUAACUUCGGUAAACGUGGGGUUUGUUCUGGUGGAUCCUCAUGUGAAAGUGGUUCCGAGGAAGAAAAGGACUUGGCAAUGCAGGAAACCCUGGAAUUAGUUGGAAGCUCUACUGAGAAAGCUUUUCAUGAACAGGUUGAUGUGGUUGAAAUGAAUUAUCAGAAUACUCGGGGCACAAUCGUAUCUUGUUCAGAGGCUGUUGCUGUUUCUGCCCAUCAAGAAGACGAGGUUGUUAAACAGGAUGCUCACGAGGUUGAAAUCGCCAACUUGGAAAAUGUAGCUGCUAUUCCUCAACAUAUUUCACAUCCAAAUGGUCAAAUUAUUGAAGAUUUGUCCACGCUUCCUGAACCAAAUGGCUCUCCAGUGUCUAAGUUGAGCGACCAUGAGGAAACAAAUGCAACUACAAGCAGUUCAGAAACACCUCUGAAUUUUGGUGACUUUAAUUCUGCUGCUGAAAUGGAGGUUGUUGGUUUGGAAAGGCUGAAGGCAGAACUGCAAGCACGUGGGUUAAAGUGUGGAGGUACUUUGCAAGAGAGGGCAGCCAGGCUUUUCUUGCUCAAAUCUACCCCUCUGGACAAGCUUCCAAAGAAGCUCCUCGCCAGAAAGUGACAACUUUUUACUAUUCUCAACGAGCUUCUCUGCCUUAAGAUGUUGCGAUAUUAGGGUGACAUCUUAAUGCAUUUUCUUUUCAAUCUUUUACCAGUACAGAAAACAAUUUUGAUAGUUAUAAUAAGCUAAAAUGGCCUUUUUUGUUUUUUGUAUUGGAGUUAUUAAUGGGAAAUUUGUAAAUAUUUGUAUACAACUUUUAUUUAUGCUAAAGAUCAAAUUGUAAAUAUUAA